AGGGAACCCUGUGUGAAACCCAAAACUUCCCGCUUCCUCUGUUCGUCGACGAAGUAAAAGCGCGAGGAAGGAGGCCAGGAGGUUGAGUGUGGAUCUCUACCUGUGAGAGAAAGAGAAACAGAAAGGGGGCGUGAUGAAGAUAGAAGAAGUGCAGUCCGCCACUAAGAAGCAGCGAAUAGCUACUCAUACACAUAUCAAAGGCCUUGGUCUCGAGGGCAAUGGAAGGGCGAUACCUAUGGCCGCUGGGUUUGUGGGUCAGGUGGGGGCUAGGGAAGCUGCAGGUCUUGUCGUUGACAUGAUACGGCAAAAAAAGAUGGCUGGCCGGGCACUCUUGCUCGCUGGGCCUCCUGGCACUGGGAAGACUGCAUUAGCCCUUGGAAUAUCGCAGGAACUCGGAAGCAAGGUACCAUUUUGUCCAAUGGUUGGAUCAGAAGUGUAUUCAUCGGAAGUCAAGAAAACUGAGGUUCUAAUGGAAAACUUUAGAAGGGCUAUAGGUCUUCGUAUUAAGGAGAAUAAGGAGGUCUACGAAGGAGAGGUUACUGAACUCUCUCCAGAAGAAAGUGAGAGCACAACAGGUGGCUAUGGUAAAAGCAUUAGUCAUGUAAUCAUUGGGCUGAAAACUGUCAAAGGAACAAAGCAACUGAAGUUGGACCCAACUAUUUAUGAUGCUUUGAUUAAGGAAAAGGUUGCUGUUGGUGAUGUUAUAUAUAUUGAGGCAAAUAGUGGAGCAGUUAAAAGGGUUGGUAGGAGUGAUGCUUUUGCUACUGAAUUUGAUCUUGAGGCUGAAGAGUAUGUUCCACUCCCGAAGGGAGAGGUUCACAAGAAGAAGGAGAUAGUCCAGGAUGUAACACUGCAUGAUCUGGAUGCUGCAAAUGCCCGACCACAAGGUGGCCAAGAUAUAUUAUCAUUAAUGGGCCAGAUGAUGAAACCAAGGAAGACUGAAAUCACUGAUAAGCUACGGCAAGAGAUAAACAAGGUUGUUAAUCGCUAUAUUGACGAGGGAGUUGCAGAGCUUGUCCCUGGAGUGCUUUUUAUUGAUGAGGUUCAUAUGCUGGACAUGGAAUGCUUCUCUUACCUGAACCGUGCUUUGGAGAGCUCACUAUCCCCCAUUGUAAUAUUUGCCACUAACAGAGGAAUAUGUAAUGUAAGAGGAACAGAUAUCAGUAGCCCUCAUGGUAUACCCGUUGAUUUGUUAGAUCGUCUGGUGAUUAUUCGGACAGAAACAUAUGGACCUGCUGAAGUGAUACAGAUUUUGGCUAUCCGUGCACAAGUUGAGGAACUGGUAGUUGAUGAAGAAAGUCUGGCUUACCUUGGAGAGAUUGGGCAGCAAGCAUCUUUAAGGCAUGCAAUGCAGCUCUUGUCACCUGCUAGCAUUGUAGCUAAAAUGAAUGGUCGAGAUAACAUAUACAAGGCAGAUAUUGAGGAAGCGAAGGCUUUGUAUUUGGAUGCAAAAUCUUCGGCUAGGCUUCUACAAGAGCAGCAGGAAAGAUACAUCUCAUAGUCACUUGCACUCUUUGGUCCAUCUACCUACUUUGUUCGACUGAAAUAGAAGUGCAUAUUUAAACAACAAUUGGAGAAGAGCGAGGGAAAUUCCAUCCUAAUGACCAUCACAGAUGUGAUAUGAUCGAGUAUUGAACUCAUGUCAUGUCUACUCGGUGGGUAUUGUUGGCAUCGUUUUCUGUUGCUUUUGGAAGGCCAUACAAGUAUGGCUUGUGGGGUUUACUUUGUGAUGGUUCUGCCGCGUUCUGGGGGUAUCUUUUCUAUUGCGUGUUUCAUGUUUGCCCAUCAGUGUUGGGUGAUAGCCUUGUGAGUCGGGGAAUUGUAUCGAUGUAAUGGAAUAUCAUCUGAAGUAUUCGGUUUUGAAGCUUGGAUGAUUUUAGUGGUAGGGAAACAAAUACAUGUACUUCCUAAGCAACUUUAUUUUUCUGUUGAAUGAAUUCCGACAUUUGUUCAUUU